CACGUAAGCCUAACACGAAUGCAGCUGAAUCUAUAAGAAGGCUUCAAGUUUCAGACGGCGAUUUUUAAGGUUAAUAUAGCUUCGUUUAGAAGAAACAUUGCAUAAGAGAAGUGAAGUUGGUGGACGAAGACAUGGCUACGCUAGAAGAACCUGAUAAGGGAUAUGCGUGGGUGAUAGCAUUUGCUGCAUGUAUUAUAAAUAUGAUAUUAUCCGGUAUGUCGAGAAUGAUCGGAAUUCUGUAUGUUGCUAUUAUAGAUGAAUAUGGAGUGACUAGGAAGGAAGCUUCUGUUCCAUUUACUGUACGAAAUGCCAUCCGAUAUCUUUCAGGUCCUUUGGUCGGAGUUCUCGGUCAGAGAUACGGCAUUCGGCCCAUCACCUUUCUUGGCGGCUUCAUCGCUUGUUUAGGCUCUGUGCUUUGCUGUUUUGCGCCAACAGUUGCAUGGAUUUCGGUCUUCUGGGGUGCAAUUCACGGUCUUGGAUUCUCUCUGGGCAACACUUUAUUCCAGGUCGUGGUCAACCAGUACUUCGAGAAGUAUCGUGCAACGGCAUCCGGCAUCGUCCUCUCCGGCGCAUGCGUCGGAAGCUUUGGCUUUCCCCUGAUGAUCGAAUGCAUUCUGGACAACUACGGCCUCUUCGGCUGCUUUUUGAUCCUGGGAGGAGUGUUCCUGAACGUCAUGCCCCCUUCCCUGAUUCUGAAGUCACCACCGUGGAUCGAGUACCCCGAGGCAUACGCCAGGCAACGUGCUUUGCUGAAAGGCAAUGAAGUCGAUGUACCAAAAGACAUCAAAGACGCCGAAGCUGCUUGCAAACGCCGAAGGAGGUACUCUCGAUCUCUGAGCAACUGUUCCAUUCAGGAGUUUGAUGUUCUCAGUAUUGCCAACGGAUCUCAAAAAAGGUUCUAUCCCGAUAUCCGAAGUCUUACUUUAAGAAAACUGAAGUUGGACGCCGUCGCUGAAGCUAAAGAGAAGACCAAUGUCGUCUGCACGUCUUAUAGCUCAAGAAACAUCAGUUUUCAUAAUAAGAGACAGACUCUACCUUCUAUAACAGAAAACUUGAAGAAUGGAACAAACGGAAAAUCAAAGUCAUCUGUCUACCAUAUCUAUGGCAAUGAGCAUUCCGAGGCGACAGAAGAGCUGCCAGCCGCCAAUGGCGAGAAGACGUCGUCCAAGAAAUCCGAGGCUAACGAAAGCCUCUGGCAGAUCAUGAAGAACAUCGCUCUGCUUUACAAGAAUCCUGUGUACCUUCUCAUCAGCAUGAACGUCGCCACCUACUUCUGGCUCUUCAUCCCCAUUCUGACCGUCGUCGUGGAUUUCAGCAGAGAUAAAGGGUUGGCUUUAGAGAACGAGAAGUUUCUCAUUCACGCUAUAACCCUGGGGGAUCUAGUUGGUCGCCUGUGCUUCGGAUGGGUGACGGACAAAAACGUUCUUUCCUUCCCUGUCUUCAUGAUGCUGACUUUCGUCUUCCAAGGUUUCUUUGUCGCUCUCCUGCCCUUCGCCAUGAGUUUCGUCGCUUACAUGAUAGUCCUCGUCCUCUAUGGCAUCACGGCAGGUAUUAUCUUCGUCUACUUCCCCGUCCUGGUGUACAAGUACGUCGAUGAGAACAAUCAGGCUAUAGGAGUGGGAUGCGUCGGACUAAUAUCCGGAGUGGUGACUUUUGGCAUACCGCCACUCAUUGGUUACUUCAGGGAUCGAAUCGGGUCUUACGACGGACUUUUUUACAUCAUAGGCUUGCUGUCCAUUAUAACUGGUUGCCUGUGGCUGCUAGAACCUGUGUUCCUCAGGAAGACAAAGAAGGAGAAAGAGGCAGCCAAUACAGAAGAGAGCUGAGAACAAACAAAAAGAAAUCUCUCUCGCUCUCAAAGUCUUUCCAAAAGCUUUUUUUAUUCGAACACAGAUUCCUUUUCAUGACUUUUUUUUGCUGCGUACGAAAUAUCUAGUAUCAGCAAUACUAUUUGAAUUCUGGAUAUUUAAAAGUUUGUUCCCAACAUCAUGUAAAAAAAGGCAAGAGAGAAGAAAUAACCAAUCAGAGAUAUUACUGCAAGUGAUUAAGUUGUGGAUAUGCUACAAUUAUGAUUGAUCAAUUUUUCACUCCUGUAUUUUCAACUAUUGAGUGUGAAUAGAUCUGUUAUGUGCACCAGUAAUAUCAGCAUCAAUGUAUAAAUAAUUUUAAUUCACUUCAUUUUGUAAUAUUUAUUAAUUUGAAUUAUAUUUAAAUUUUAAUGGGCAACCAAAAAUGCUUCAUAAAUUUAAACUGUUAAAUUCUAUUCUGUAUAACAUAAUCCAAUCCAAAAUGUCUGAUAUUCUAUGUGUAAUUGUUAUGAAUGCUUAUGAAAAACUAUGGUUCAUAUCUUAAACAUUGCAAGACAUUUUGUCUUACAGAUGGAAACAUUCUUAUGUGUACUUCUUGUACAAUUUGCGUUUUCGUAUGAAAUCUACAAUAAUGUGCCCCUUUAGUUGUCGCAAUAUGGAAAGCGAAUAUCGCUUUUCUAGCAAUCUUCUUGCUGAGUUAUGUAUUAAUUUUUUGCCUUAUUAAUUCACACAUCUUUACUUGGGGCUACAUAUAAAAGUACGCCAAACAAGCAUGUCUGAUACUUGAUUGGCAUUGUUGGCAUCCUUGGGGUUGUGAAAUACAUUGCAGUAGAUUUCACGCUUUUUUUCAAAUGCUAUAAAAUCGUGCACAUUGUUGCGAUAUUUUGUAUUACCGUUAAAAAAUUGAAGAGUUUAAAUUUUAUCUACAAAUUAUCGGCACAAUUUAUUGUACAGAAAAAUUCAGUUUUAAUUUUCAAUUAACGACGGAUAUCUAAAAAUGGAAUAACAUAUAAAGAAUCCCUAAAUAUCCCUAUCAUUUUUGUAUUUGGGUGGGAAAUUAUUAUACUUCUAUUAGUAUGUCAAUUUGCCAAAUCAACUCGUCAAUACAGUGUGAAUUCGAAGAAUGAUGACAAAGGACAGAACAUUAUUUUAAACAUAUUGUAUCCCUAGAGUCAAUGGGAGGGGACUGAUAUCUCCUAGGGAUUGUCGAUCCUGAAGAGUUUACACUUGGCGGCAACAUAUACUACGAUUGGUCAUAUCUAAAAUUGUUGAUGAUGCGCUGUUCAGUGGUUACGGGAUGGUCUGCAGUGCGUUUUGUUCCUAUUUAAAUUUAUCAUAACUUAAACAUAUACUUUGACACACAUGGUUUUGGGACGCUUAAUUUUUCCUAAAUCAUUAUUUUUUUUUGUUAUUCUUUCCUAUGUUCUGAAAUGUGAUCCAUUAAUGAGGAUACCUUUGUAAUAUCUGACAAAUAUCACAGAUUACAAAACUUUUGCAAAUGUCAUUUGACGAAAUUUGCAUAAAUUCUACUAAAUUAGAAUGCCACGGAGACAUGUACAGUCUAUUGCCACUUAUAUUCGAAUAUUUAAAGCUCUACGAGAAAAAUAACUAGUGUAAAUGCUGUCUGAAGUUAAUUGAUGUAGUUUUUUUAUUUGAACAUUAGUUUAAUACUUAAAUGAAUACUUUACUGCGACAAUUCUUCUUCAGUGAGUCUUGUCUUCCAUUCUUAUUUAAUCUUGAUGAGGAUGGCAUAUUUUAUGAAUUCAGAAAUAGAACAAAAACUAUUUUUAUUAUUAAAAUUUUAGGAGCAUUGGAAAAUAGUGACUUUCUUUUUACCAAAAAUUACAAACAUUAUUGAAUAAAAUUUUAAUAUUUGGAUGAUGUAAUCAUCCUCUUUAUCAAUAUCAGUUGCCCCCAGAUACGCAAAUUUGCAGGUCAGAUCUAAAAAAUAAAUAUGGUUUCGGAUUUUUAAAAAAAUUAACCAAAUCUUCUUUGAACUUACGUAUUUCGAAAAUUUCCAAUUAUUGUAAGAAAUGUUGCAGUUAUCGAUAGUGUAUUUUUUCCAACAAAUUAAAAAUUAUUUAAUGAGAUAUACUUAUUUAGGUAAAUUUUAUUAUGCUCAUUAUUAAUGUCUGUCGACUAAAGACGAGCAAAUUUUCAGAUUAAGAUAUGUAGAAUAAAUAAUGGUUUCGAAUUAAAAGCCUCAAUAAAUUCUAGUUUGGAAUUCUUUCAUAUUUCUAAAUUUUCUCAUCAAGAAAUGUUACAAUUAUCUGAUUAAAUGAUAAUCAUGUGAUGUGAAGCAGUUUAGAUGAUUACCUAUCCUGAUUCUUUUAUCAUGAAUGUUUCAUGCUGCUGGUAAUUCUUUCAUUUCCAUGCUGUUGAAGCGUACGCUUUCUAUUAAAAAGAACCGGAUACACAAUUCUGUUAUCUCUUUUUAAUAAUGACUAUGAAAUUAUGUAGUUAUGGUUUAUCCUGAUUGCUGGCAGCUCGAAAUGGAUUGAUCAUCCCACCAAAGCCAUGUUUCAUGGGUAUAAAUAUGGCUUUGGGAUUUGUAACGGUAUUUCUAUGGAAGAGAGUCAUUAUAUUUAGAUUUGGGUGAUCAUAUAAUACUGAUUUACAUUUCCAAUACUAUACCAAUAAGAAAUACUGUUGCAUUACGACAACAAAUUGCUUACAUUUAAAAAACUAGUCUUGUUUUCUUCUGGCAGAAUGCGUGGAACUUAAACCUUCUUUUGCUGAUUUGAUAGAUAUGCCUCCAAUGUUUUUGAAGGAUGGACCAAGUUAUUGUAAAUUCAAGGAUUCGAAAACUCGCCGAGUUUUUUCGCAUGCGUCAAGAUGUGUUUAUUUAGUCAACAUAGGGGUGAGAGGAAAGAUGAAAAGAGAAGAUGUUUACAUUUAAGAAUAAAAUAAACUCGGAUUAUUCGUGGACUUAGAAAGCGAAAAAUAUUGCGGAUAACUUGUAGUAUUAUAAAAAAAAGAAGAUUGAAAUUCACAAUAAAAUAUUUUGGAACAAUUUUUUAAUGUAAGGGAUUUAAACAUCAAACUAUGAUGGAUAAACGGAAAAUUUCUAUCCUUAAAAUUUGAUAAUUCACGCAUUUUUAAUAAAAUAAUAAUAAUUUUUACGUUAAAAGAAUUCCUUUGUAUUUCUUUUGAUUUUUAGAUAGUAUUUUGAAAGUAACAAUGGUAAAUAAUGUCAGUCACAUGUUAAAACACUUCUCUUUUUUUUUUUUUAACUUGUGUAUUGAAUUUUUUUUUUUAACUAACAUGUUGAAAUGAACAACUGCAGAUAAUAUUGGUUGCAUUUAAUAAUUUUAUAUGAAAUAUUCUUUUCCAUUCCUAUAAGUUUUUUUUUUUUUUUUUUUGGCGCUUGAACUUGCCAUAUAAGCAAUAAGUACACAAUCUUGAGUUAAAAUUAAAAAUAGUACUGUCAGAAACGACACUCACUUACACGUAGGAAAAACACUGAAUAAAAAUCAGGGUUCAAUUCAGAAAUCAAGGUCAAAGAAUGACGAAGAAUUCUGGAAAUGCGCUCAUCCUUCCUUGUUUUCACCCCUUAGCUAGGUAGAAUAAUCGAAAGGGAUGGUUUUGGGAUACUGAAACGAACAGUAAGCCAAGCUCUCAUCCUUAUUAUUCCUUAAUCUUUUUAAAAGGAUUUGUUGCCAUUUCUGUCCCUAAAAUACUAUUAUCAUAAAACGUAUAUCUUUUUGGAUGAAGUUAGUGUGAAAGACCAAAAUGACCUUUCAUGGAUUCAAUAAAUCACUUUUGGCGUUUAUGGGCAUGUAAUACGAUUGGGUAAAUACAAACAAAAAUUAAGUUUGUAGCCUUAAUUGCUUCUUAUGUUCUCAGAGUUAAUGUUGAAUGUGUAAUAAAUCUAAAUUUUGACAUGGCAUUUCUAAAAGACAUACUAUAAUCGUAAGUUGACUACUCCGAUCAGCCCUGAGGAACACGGAUAAAUCUGAAUGACCGGACCGCCACGACAGCAAUACUGGCGGGAACUGUGGUUGAGUACUAAGGGCCACCACCGGCUAAGGCACAAUCCUUCCUAUGGGAAGUACAUCCUGUCAUCGAUGGGAGAUAGCCAAUCCCCACCUUUUCUGUAUCCACCAGGGCGGCGAGAACCAACCUCAAUAUCGGAAGCUUCUCAUCCUUAUUUCUGUGGUGCUCCCCCCCUUCCGGUUGGAGCUUGAAAUACAUAUUAUAAAAUUAAAAUUGGCCUGUAAAAUAAAAAAUUAGAAUUCACUUUUGCUUGAAAAAAAGAAAAAAGGCCGCGGUGGCCUAGUAGUAAGGUCUCAGCUUCAGAACCAGAGGGUUUCAGGUUUCAGACCCGAUUCCACGGCAGAAACGUCGUGUACGCAGGCCUGAUGUGCGCUAAAUCCAUCGAGGGCUAAAUGUCUUCACGCUGGUGUAAUGUGGAGAGUGGGUGCCAGUUCAGGUGUUGUCCUCGUCAUCUGACCGCGGUUCAAAAUGACGAGGUCCGUCCCAAAAUGGCCCUAGUGUUGUUUUAAAAAUGGGACGUUAAUAUAACUAAACUAUACUUCACUUGAAAAAAAUAUCUCGCACAAUUUCCGCGUACGUAAUCAACCGAUAAAAAUAAGUAUAUAUUGAUAUGCGCAUGAACGAUCAUUCUUGUGUUUACUCUAAAUAUAAACCAACGUUGCACAAAUCAACGUCACAUUCAAAUUUCAGUUCUGAUUUUAAUUCAAAUUUCAAAAAACAAUUCCACUGACGACAUUUGAAGUGUUGAAUUCCAGAGUUUAUUUUGGUUCAGAAGUCUUCAAUUUUUACUUGUUGAAUAAGAGAUGAUGCUUCAAACAAAUCAAGAUAUGAGUUUAGUUUAGCUAUAUUAAUGUCACGCUUGAAAGCAACACUAGGACUAUUUUGUGACGAACCUCGUGAUUUUGAAACGCGGUCAGAUGACGAGGACAACACCAGAAGGUGUAGAAUUAGGCAGAAUCAAUUUAUCCUCUCAUCUCGGAAGUGGUGCCAUAGUGAUUUCAAUUAUUUUAAUUGAAAGUUUAUUUAAUUAUUUAUUAAUCAUAUUAAGAUGAAUUAAUAAUUUAAUUAUUAAUUGAUUUAUUAUUUGAUAAUAUUAAUUUGAUUACUAUAAAAUCAAUGUUUUUUUUUUAUUUUAUAUGUUUACAUACUGUAUUCAAAUAUCUCUACAUGAAUACUGCAGUUAAAGCCAGUUGUUUCUUUGUCUUUUCAUAUUUAUUAAAGAAGAUUAAAAAAAUGAAUAUCUUUUUCUUUUUCUUACAGUGACAUGGAGAUUUAUGGUUUUAAUAAUUAGAAUUAUAUAGUAUGUUGCUUGCAUGUGACUUAUUAUAAAUU